GGUGACUCUGGAAGGAGGCGCUUCGCCGGAGGUUCUGGAAUUUCGGCGCGGGGCGCGGCGACUGAGGCGAGGCGGCAGGAGCUAGGCGGCAGGGAGGCUGAGGAGGACCCGAAGGAACAGGCGGGAGCAUGGCGGGCCUCCACCGCGCGCACACGCCCUUCGCGCCAAGCGUCGGGACGGAUAGAUAAUAGGGGGUGAAUGAAGCAGACUGGCCGGGAGGGAGGAUGCGAAGGCUGGAGAAGAGGAAAGGGAGACGUGAUAUUUUUAGGGAUGGCACCCAGAGUGAGUCAGGAUGCUGGAGUCCUUUAAGGUGAGGAGCUUGUUUGACAGCUGGAAAUAAAGGAAAAGAUGUUAGAGCAAGAAGAGAAUGACUUGUUUGAAAUACCAGAUUAUGAUCAUGUAGAAGAUGAAACUUUUCCUCCCUUCCCACCUCCAGCCUCUCCUGAGAGAGAUCCUGCAGAAGCUGAACCUGGUGAAGAAUCAGGGAGUGGAGCACCUGUUCCUGUACCACCAAAGAGAACAGUUAAAAGGAAUCUACCCAAGCUAGAUGCUACUAGAUUAACUUCAGAGAGAGGGCUUCCAGCCUUAAGGCAUAUGUUUGAUAAGACAAAAUUCAGGGGGAAAGGUCAUGAGGCUGAAGACUUGAAAACGCUAAUCAGACACAUGGAGCACUGGGCACAUAGGCUAUUCCCCAAACUGCAAUUUGAAGAUUUUAUUGACAGAGUUGAAAACCUGGGAAAUAAAAAGGAGGUUCAGACCUGUUUAAAACGAAUUCGACUUGAUCUCCCUAUUGUACAUGAAGAUUUUGUUAACAAUAAUGAUGAAGUUGAAGAAACUAAUAACCUCGAUGCAACUGCAGCUGGAUUUGAUUCCUUUUUGACAAGUUCAUCUGACAGCAAGAAGUUGGCUUCUGAAUCAAGUAGAAGUCUAACAGAAGAGCAGCAGCAGAGGAUUGAGAGAAAUAAACAACUGGCCUUGGAAAGAAGGCAGGCAAAGCUGCUGAGUAAUAGCCAGUCCCUAGAAAAUGAUGUGUUAAUGAGUACAUCCUGGGCACAGACAGUUGAAGAGAGCAGUACUGGUGAGAAUCAAGAAGACUCAAGUGGAUUAAACACAGAUACUGCAGAUGGUCCACGUGUUCCUUCUGCCAAUACAAAUGAAGAGGAACAGUUCGAAGCAGAGGAACCAUUUUAACUUGAACUAAUCCAGAAAUGUUCCAAGUAGCCAGACUUCCACAACAGAAUCCUGCAACGUUUGGGUUUAUUUGUAAAGUUUUCUACUUUAUAAGUCUAAGUCAUAAAAUUUCUAUGGAUUUCUGCUUAAAAUACAAUGACUAUUUAUAAUUGUGUUUCCUACUUAUUUUACUAAGUCUAUUUAUUAUUUUUUGCUAUACUGUAUAAAUUUGACUUUAUAAAUUGCUUCCAGUUUGCACUGAAUUAUUUCUCACUAAAUUGGGUAAUGUUUUAAAAUGUAAAUAUGCACUGACUAUUAAGGUCUUUUUUAAAGAAAUAAAUAUUUUGCAAACAA